AUAGCACGAGUCACAAAGUCUCUAUUUCUCUUCAAAAUAACAGUUUCUAACUUCUUCAGUAACCACUCCUCUCUUUCGAUUUUCCUAAAUGAAAUUUCCUGCUCCGACCAGAUAUCAAAAAGUUCUACAAAAACCUUAACACCGACAAGUGCCCCUCACCCAGCCUGCGAAGCCACUUCCGUUAUUAAAGAGAAGGAUUCCGAAGAAGAACACAAUAAAUCAAACGAAGUUAAAAAGGAAGAUGGUGUUGUAAGAACAGUUACAACCGCUGUGGAGGAUAUUAAAAGGAGAAGGAGAGAGGAGAGAUUGGCGAAGGAGAAACAAGCGGAGGAAGAAAGAGAACGAUUUGUUAAAGAAGCAACAGAAAAGAAAGCUGCAGAAAGGGCGGAAAUCAUAAAACAGGCGAAGAGAUUGAUUCUUUACAGGAAACCGAUGUGUCGGCGAAUUAAUCAAGGACUCAUUGCUUCUGAGUGCUUCAGGGAGUUGGAUGCUCAACUAAAAUUUCGGGAAAUUAUUAAAAAUGCAGAUAAAGAGGCUGAAAUAGCGUACGUGAAAGCGCUGAGGGCGGAUAUGGAAAAGUAUGAAGAAGAAAUGAAGCAGAAAGCGGAGAAACAGUUGGAAAAGAAGAGGAAUUAUUCUGUGGCUUUGAAGAAACAGAUCGAAGAAGUGGAAAAAGCAACGAAAGAAGAAGAAACGAAAGAAUUCGAAGCUCAGAAACAAGAUCAAAUAAAUAUGGCUAAAUAUUUGUCCGAUGCUAAAGAAUUUGAAAUGCAAAAACUGUUAACCAAGAAGCAGAAACUGAAUCAAUUUUUCAAAGACGCCAUCGAAGAGAAGAAACAACUUAAUUUGAAGCUCAAACAUGAAGACGCGUUCGAGGAUCGAGCGAUAGAGAUUUAUAAACAAGCUAAAGCACGAAUUGCGAAAGCAUAUAAAGAAGUAAAAUUGAAUGAGAACAAAGAGAGGGAGCGUAGAGCUGAUUUCACAGCCGAAAAGUUUCGCACACUCACACAAAGCAAAGGAGACAUUGAAGAAAGAAAUUACAAAAAAGCAGUGGAAGAGCAAGAAGCACAGUUCCAAGAAAAGGAGAAGAAUCGAAAAGAACAUGCGCUUCGAUUAAAGAAGGAGAUACAUGAUUUUAAAAAAGAAACAGAGAAUGCCAAGUCGAAGUUUCUUCAAGAGGAGAAAGAUUGGAAGACCUGGGAAUUGAUGCAGAGAUUCAAGAGGGCUGAAUAUGACAAAGAAUUGGACGCGGAGGAACGGAAGCGAGCGAGGGACAAGAAAAUGGAGUACGCUAAGUCACUGAAGAAAUAUAUCAGUGAAAGGGAGGUUACACGAGAACAAGAAAAGCUUGCUGAAGACAAAGCUAUGGACAUGACCGAAAUAAUUAACAAAGAAAAUAAGAAAGUCCUCGAUUACGCUGAAGAGGUCCUGAACGAAUCGAAAGAUGUUAGACCCCUGCUUCCAAUCCUCAAAGCUGUGGAUGACUGCAAGAGAGAAAUGGGGCUACUGCCUCUGAAAAAGAGAGAAGCAACAAUAGCCGAAGCCAAACGUAAAAAAAGAAGAAUUCCACGUGUCUGCACGAAAUUUGUUCCCGAGGAUAAAAUUUGUUAUCUGAAUUAAGAAGUGGAGUGAAAUAAAUAGUGAAAUAUGGAAGGAAUAAGAAAUUCAUACACAACAAUUAUUAACUACAUACUUUGCUGAAAUAGAAUUAACAGCGCUAUACUAUAAAACAUACAGGAUCUCUCUAAAGUCCAACCCCACCCUUACAUUACGGAAACGGCGUUAAAUAUGGAAAAGUGUUUCAGACAAAAGUUGUAGAUAUCAAGGUUAAGAUGGUGGCAACAAUUUGACCUAGGUCGUUUGAAGGUCACGUCUUCAGUUUCUUAAAUAGAACCCCAUUUAUUGCAUAUUGUAGCCUCGACGUUUUCAAAACACUACCUAUGUUUUUUGUGCGAGUCAUUCCCAAGAUACGGAGCUUCAAAGUUGACGUAUCGUCGGCAUUCACAUUACCCAAGGUGCACCGCGCGAGGGUUGCACGAUCAGAUUUACGCCACUUAUGUGACAACUUUGAAGCUUCGUAUCUUGGGAAUGACUCCCACAAAAAACAAACAUAGCGUUUUGAAAACGUCGCUACAAUGUGCAAUAAAUGGGGUUCUAUUUAAGAAACUGAAGACGCGACCUUCAAACCAAGGUCAAAUUUUCGCCAUCUUAACCCUUGAUAUCUACAACUUUUCUGAAACAUUUUCCCAUGUUUGAAGCUGUUAUAUGGGGUUUAGAUCCUGUAGAUAUCUUAUAGGUAUUAAUAGAAACUCUUUGUGAAAUCUACUGAAAUAUUUGAACUAUUGUAGAAAUCUGUAAGGUGAAUGUAUGUAGAUUUUGAUAGACUCGAUUUAUAAAAUAGAUUUUAAUAGUGUUUUAUAUAUCUUUUAUAGACGAUAUGUGCAAUUUUCCAGGGACUUUAAUCCUUAACUUCAUAGAGAGACGUUUAAGACCCCAGCUACUAAAAAUGAAUUUUACAAAUAAAAUACUCGUUAUUUUAAUUUGAGAAUUAAAUUAAAAAAAUUAAAUUAAUCUUUGGAAGUUUUUAAUC